GUCCCCUGUCCAGAAGCAGAUCCGGGAGGAGCCGCUGGAUUCUCUCUUGAGCUCCGUCCGCCAGCAAGUCAUGGAGACCCUGACCCAGCUGAGUCAUUCCCGGCUUGUCCCGGGCGUGCAGCAACGGUCGGAGCUGGUGAACACGUGCAUGAAGAGUGUGUUCUCCCUGCCCUCCGUGCAGGCCGUGCAGGAGAGAGACAAGGACAGGGCUGAGGCCAUACAGACACUUUACCGUCAGACCUUGGAUGCCCUGCAGACACUUCUCAAUGCCCUCUUUGUUGAGGACCCCACUCCUGCUGGGCUGAAGAGCAUCUUGGAGCCUCUGGGGCCCUGGAUGAACUCUGGGAAGGCCCAUGAGAGAGCACGGGCUGUGAAAGGCUAUGUCUCUGUGUUGAACCACAUGCUUCGGACCCUGCCUUUCUUUAUGUCCUCGGGGUUCCCGGCACUGGGGCUUCUGCUGGGGAGGCUCGUCAUUCGCGUCGGGGAUCCCGAUGAGGAGAUUGGCCGGGAGGCUCUGGACGGCAUCACCAUCCUCUACACCAUCUUGGAGCUUCAAAAACGAGCCAGAGAUAAGGAAGAGACCGACAAGAAGGAGCUGUAUGAGAGCAACAAGCAUUUCCUGGGCCCCUACAACCCCGUCAGCCCAUGCCAGAACAUUCUGCGUGUUAUCGCGGAAUUUGAAGACUUCCUGGGGCCCCAACAGGUAAAGGACCUGCUGCUAGCAGCCCUGGAAGGGCUGAAAGGUGGCUCAGAGGCUUGGGGCAAGGACUCGGGGGAAAUGAUGCAGCUGGCCUCGGAGGUCACACUCAGCUCGGUGCUGGAGCGGUACCGACACAGGGCACUGGAGGUGAUUCCAGAAAUCAUGCAGGGUAUCUAUGUGCACCUGAGCCACAUUCAGAAGCCACGGGCCCGAGAGGUGGCCCUGCUGCCCGUCUCUCUCCUGGCCAGCUCCUUCAUGACCGAGGUCGUCGUGGCCCUGCUCGUGUGUCCCCUCCCACUGGACAGCAACGGAGCAGAGAUGUGGAGGCAGCUGAUCCUCCGCAAGCCCAGCUGUGACACCCGAGAUCUCCUGGAUCUGCUCCUGACCAGCCUGAAGGAAAAGCCUGUCACCAAGAAGGGCCGGGCCUCCAUCAUGCCCCUAGCGGCAGCCAGCGGCCUCUGUGAGCUCCUGUCCGUCAACAGCUGCAUGGGCCACGUGAGGCGCAUCUACCCCCAGCUGCUCCUGGCCCUGCUUAUUCAAGUCCAUUACCACAUCGGCCUCAACCUGCCUGGCCACGUGGUUUCCUGCAAGGACACCAAGGAAGAUGGACAGCCCUCUGGUUUCGUGCCUGUAUGCUGGGUGGUCAAAGUGGUGAAAAUCCUUCUGCUGAAGAUGGGCUGCUCAUACGAGGCUACCUUUCUGGAGGACCAGGGUGGCUGGGAGCUCAUGGGACAGGCGGAGAACCACCACCGUGGAGUGUCCCUGCUGGCCAGGGCCAUGGUGCAGUACUCCUGCCAGGAGCUGUGCCGCAUCCUCUAUCUGCUCAUCCCGCUCCUGGAGCGAGGCGACGAGAAGCACAAGAUCACCGCCACUGCCUUCUUCGUGGAGCUCCUCCAGAUGGAGGAGGUGCGACGGAUCCCUGAGGAAUACUCUCUGGGGCGGAUGGCAGAAGGCCUGAGCCACCAGGACCCCAUCAUGAAGGUGCUGUCCAUCCGAGGCCUGGUCAUCCUGGCCCAAAGGACUGAAAAGACCACCAAGGUGCAGGCCCUCCUGCCCUCCAUGGUGAAGGGUCUGAAGAGUGUGGAUGGGCUGCUGGUGGUGGAGGCGGUCCACAACAUCAAGGUCAUAUUCAAGGGGCAGGACCGGAAGCUGAUGGACAGCUCGGUCUAUGUGGAGAUGCUGCAGAUCCUGCUGCCACACUUCAGUGAUUCACGAGAGGACGUGCGCUCCUCCUGCAUCAACCUGUACGGCAAGGUGGUCCAGAAGCUGCGGUCACCCCGCACCCCGGCCAUGGAGGAGCAGAUGAUCAGCACCUUGGUACCCCUGCUGCUGACCAUGCAAGAGAGCAAUGCCAAGGUGAGCCAGAAAUGUGUGAAGACCCUGUUCCACUGUUCUUGCUUCAUGGCUUGGGAAUUGCCAAAAAGAGCUUACAGUCGGAAGCCCUGGGACAACCAGCAGCAGAUGGUGGCCAAAAUUUGCAAGUACCUUGUGGACACCCAUCGAGACAGUGCCUUCACGUUCCUCAGCCAGAGCCUGGAGUACACCAAGAGUUCCAGGGCCUCCCUCCGGAGGUCCUCGGUCAUGUUCAUAGGGUCCCUGGUCCCCUGCAUGGAGAGCAUCAUGACGGAAGAUCAUCUGAAUGAAGUUAAAGCCGCUCUGGAAACCUUGAGACACGACCCAGAAGCAUCAGUGUGCAUCUACGCGGCUCAGGCCCGGGACAGCAUCCUGGCCAGCUGCUGGCGGGACUCUUGGCCACUGCCACAUGGGGACUCUUGGGCGUGUGACCCGGCUACCAUACACCGCUGGAGCCCUAGCUGUGAGAACCUGCCCACUUCCCACCAGCGGCGCUCCUGGAUCAUGCAGGCGCUGGGUUCCUUGAAGAUGUCCUUGAAGCAGUGA